AUGAAAAAACUACAGCCAUUUGAGACCAAGGUAGAUGAAUCACUUAUUGAAGAACUUAAAAAUCGUAGUUUACUAAAAUUCCCAAUAAAUGGGAAUAUAAUCAAACAAAAAGCUCAGGAAAUUGCAAAAAAGAACAGUGUAAAGGAGUUUAAGACCGGUAAUGGGUGGUUAAAUUCUUUUUCAAAAAGAAAUAAUGUUAAAUUUAAAACUCAAACUGGCACUAAAGUUGACGUGUCAGAAAAUGAAAUAAAUGAAAUUCAUGAUAAAUUCAAAGACAAACUUUUUGAAUAUAAUGCAGAAAAUAUCUUAAACACAGAUGAAACUGCAUUGUUCUAUCAGAAAUUGCCAGUUAAAAGUUAUGUUUUUCCUAACGAUUAUAAUACAAAAUUAAAGGAAUUACAAGAGAGAAUUACAAUAUUAUUGACAUGUGCAACUGGUGAGAAGGUAAAACCCCUUUUUAUUGGAAAAUGUCUUAAACCUCAUUGUUUCAAGAAUAUUGACAUUUCAGAACAGGAAUCUAUAUCAUAA